AUGAAGCGCCAAUUACUGAUUGCCGGUCUGAUAAUUCUCCUCGGCCUGGCUGGUGAGCUGACUGGCCGACUACUCGAGACGGUGAGCAUGUACGAGAACAGCCCGUUGGGCAGUGUUCUGCUUGACAUGGACGCUGCUCUUGUACGCCAAGGUUACCCUGCGCCAGGCGAGAAUGCAAGUAUCUAUGCGGCCCAACAGGAAGCCUUCUGGCCCUUCACGGUCUCCAACUACCAGAUCAUGCUUGCUCGGCCGCUCGACAGGGAGGCCAUCUGCCAACGCCAGCACCUCUCAGAGACACGACCCCACCUCUUGGCGAGUGACAUCUCGGCAUCGGCAGCCGCAAGCAGCCUCUUUCGAGUGGCCACAGGCAACCAGGCCAGGGAGUCCGAGGCUGAACUGGGCCAACCAGAGGAGUCACGAUGUCCUCCGGGCGCCUGUUGCCAACUGCUGCAUGUCAAUGUGGAGCACCGACAAACGGAGUUGCCACGCGCCUACUUCAUUCGAGUGGCGGUGCUUGACGAGAAUGACAAUGCUCCUCGCUUCCCCUCGGUUGACAAUCCAUUCGCCUUGGUCCCUGAAGAUGUGCCUAUCGGCUGGAGACUUGAUCUGCCAGUUGCAUUCGAUCCUGAUAGUCGGCAAUUCAGUAUCGCCCAGUACCGUGUGGAUUCUUGGACUCAGGGCAAUGCGUCACAUUUUCGUCUGGUAAUAGCCGACGCUCAGCCUGACAUCAACACAGGUCUCACAAAAAGUGAGUAUCCUUAG